AUGAACAGCCAUCAUUCCAGACGCAUGACUAAUAUAUUUGGAAGCACUGGCCAACCAUUAACUAAUGUUUCAGCUGUAUCAUCUACAACUUCAACACUCCAAAAGCAGAUGUCAAAACCAUCAAUUGCUUUUAGUUCCAGUACCUAGUCAGGCUCUAGUCAGAAUAACAUCAAUCAUACAAGAAAUACUUCGACUUUUGGAGGUAACAUCUCAAAAACUGAGAAGUAAGGAAGCAUCGCAAGCAUCUCAAAUCACUCUAAAAUAUCAAAGGAAAGUAGGUCAGUAAAGUAAGGUACAAAAACUCCUAUAAAUGUGAAUAAAAUUGGUGGAAACUAGCAAUAAUCAGGGACAACACAAUUGUCAUCUCCAAAGACAGCAUCAACUGGUUCAUCAACUUCUAUUAUGUACACAAAUAAGAAUCCUUCGAUUAUCAGCAAGCCUUCAACAAAAAAAACGCUUAACAAUAAUCUACUUAAGGAAAACCAGCACCCAAGAUAAAAUGAUGCCGUAAUCUACAAUGAGAACAGAAGUCCUUCAUACAGAAAUGCUUAAUUAAUCACAAAUUAUCCAAAUAUCAUAAUGAGCAAUACCUCAAGCAAUAAUUGCAACAACUAAAAUUCAUAGUAUAUCGCCACAACAGCUACAUCUUCUCUAAUGGAGUAAAAAAGCAAUCAGAUAUUACAACCUAGAGAAGCAGAUGAAUUUAGUUUCGUAGCUGAGCAUAUAGAAGAUGAACCUAGCAUUCAUGUCAGAUCUAUAACUCAGUUUUAAUCUAUUCUAAAAAGACCUGCAAUGCAAAAAGAAUCUACUUAUGAUGGAAGACAAACUGAUUUCACAACUUAAACGAAUGGAGGUGGAUACAAUCAAUACAUUUGUAUUCCACCUAAUGUAGUUUAUGAAACAUUUGAAGAGGAAUAAAACUAGUUAACGAUGAAUACAAAUCUUUUCAACAAUGCAAAUUAGUCAAGACUAGUUGUUAAUUUACUCUCGUAACAAGAUGACACUUUUCAGGAACCUUCAGCCUUUUUUGAUGAGCAUAACUGCUCUCAAUCAGUGCUGCAUAAGUGUUAAAUGAUUGAAAUGUACAGUGUACCAAAUAAACCUGCAAGAUCAGACAAGAUUUAAUCUAAAAAAUCUGAGGAAUGCUAUUAAAUCCUUAAUUAACUUAUUGCUAAAGUGAAACAAGACGUAUCACAAAGCAUCAUAAUGAAUCAAAGCAAAAAUUAUAUGCUAAAAAAUAGUAAUCAAAACAGUCGCAUUUACAGUAACAACAAUCUGUAUAAAUAGACAGAUAUGACAAAUGAGAGUGCAUUUCCAAAUAUCACUAAUGAAGAAUUGCACUUUAGCAUUAAUAAAUAUAAUAAUUUUCAUGGAACAGGAGCAAGUACCAGCAAUAUGAUGAUUGGAAAUAUCCUAGAUGAUUCUAACUCGUAAUUCAUUGGUAACGGUAACAAUUCAACGAUUGGCAAUAUCACUAAUUCUACUAUAAAUAACAAUGGAGGAACUAAUGGAAUGGGUGGAGGCUAAUAGUCCACAGAACUUCAUAAACUGCAUUUACUCUAAACUCUGCAGUCACUUUAAUAUAUAAAAUAGGUUGAAAGACCUUCAGAAGAUGAAAUUUCGAAGAAAUCUAUAUUCUUACCUCCUCCAAGAAUACCUCAAUAGCAAAAGAAAACUUUGAUAUUCGAUUUAGAUGAGACAUUGAUUCAUUGCAUAGAUGAUUUAGAAUCAGAAGUUCCUGAUACCAUUUUAAAUAUAGCCUUUCCAAACGGUGAAAUGGUCCAGGCUGGUAUUAAUGUCAGACCCUACGCCUUAGAAUGUCUGAGAGAAGCUAAUAAAAAGUACUAGGUAGUAGUAUUUACUGCAAGUCACAAAUUUUAUGCAGAUGUAGUACUAGACUACCUUGAUCCAAAAGGAGAGCUAGUUCAUUACAGAUUGUAUAGAGAUAGUUGCUUCCAGACAGAAGAUGGUGUUUAUAUAAAAGACUUAAGAAUAAUUAAAAAUAGAUCACUAAAAGAUAUGGUUAUUGUUGAUAAUGCCGUUUACUCAUUUGGCUUUUAGCUUGAUAAUGGUAUUCCAAUCAUUCCAUUUUAUAAUAACAGAGAGGAUGAAGAAUUACUGCAUCUAAUAAACUAUAUCAAUACACUUGCAUUCUUCAAUGAUUUAAGAGAGCAGAAUGCUAAGGCAUUUUAGUUGAAAGAAUUAGAAAAUGCUGAAAUCACUGAUUACCUGGAAUAUUUCUUUGGAGGCAUAAAUAAUGGUCAAUAAAAUGUCGGUAAACCUCAUAUAGAAAACAAUCCUAUCUGCGGAAUAUCAUAGGAUUCCUAGGCUAUUAAAGAGGAAGAAAAUGAGUCUGAGAAUAGUUAUCAGUAGAAUGAAGAUAAUAACAACAAUAAAACAGAUAACUCUUCCAUGAUAAAUGCAGAGAUGAAUCCACCUUUAGAAACAACCAGUGAACUUGACUAAGAGGAGAUUCUUAAAUGCAAAAAGCGUCUAAAUUUUAUCGAGCUUAGCAGUAACAAUAGUCAAAUUACUACUCCAGAUGGUAAAGAGCUAAAUCAGGGUACUGGGAUUUAAACACCAGCCUAUCUUAAGAGUAUUUCAAAUUCUAAAAAUAGCAGUAGCAUCUUUAAAACUAAUCAAAUCAGCAAUGAUCUACCGAAUGCUUAUAAAGGAGGCAACAAUAAGACUCAAAACGCAAACAAUUAUUUGCUAUAAUAAAGAAGUAAGAAUUAUUUCAAAUGA